AUGGCGCUUGCAGUCAUACCUCGCCGUAACUCGGCAGCUGCCACUCGCAAUGGUCUGUUGGCAGCUUUGCGUAAGAGAGAUCAUCAAGCCUUUCCGCCAAGCUCUUUCAACGUGAGUAGGCGGUCCUGCAUCUGCCCCACGUGGUACGUGUGAGAAUUGAUGCUGGCAGAUCAACCCGCAUACCUCCUUUCAAGCUUCGUUUGCGCCGCCCGAGACUUGGCAGCGAACCAUCAGCGCGCUCGUCACCCCCCGUCGCGCAAGAUCAGGAACAGGACGGAGGAGAUAUCGUCGAUGACCUGCACUCAGAACAGGCGCCCUCACAUCAAAAUACCGUCCCAGACGAGCCCGUUCGAGUUCGACAGACACAGCGUAGCUCGCAAGAUGCAGAUGCAGAUGCCUUGCCAGAUAAAUUGGAGCUCCUGCCACCACGACGUCGAGGACGGGAACCCGAAACCAGGAUCAACAAUCGCGAUGGCGCAACCUUCACAGGGACGCGCACCAACGGAAAUUUAGAUUUGACUUUCAGGCAGACGCAUACAAACGUAUCGCUGCCUUGCGCAGCAGCGCAUGCCUCAGGCCAACUUGUAGCUUCGUCCGAAGCUGAGGCUGACGCUGAGGAGGACACUGUGCUUCUUGUGGAGAUCGAGCUUGACGAAGACCAGCUCAGUCAGUGCUAUCCACCAGCCGUGGAUUCGGCAUGGGAGAUAAAUUUGACACAUGGCGAACAGGCGGAGGUUGAAGACACCAUCUUGCACAUCUAUGCUGACGAUGACGACAUCGACUACGAUGCGCAUGAAUUACACCUUCAGGAUCCUCGGUGCGAGGGAAGUACAGAAGAUGGGGAAUGCGAAAGCGAGGAGGUUGCGAUGGACAUUAGCGAGCUUGAUGGGUCAAACGAUCAGCUCGAUGAGUGUAUCUUGCUACUGAUGGACGAGUAA